CAACAUUCGGCAUCCGCGGCAAGCCAUCCCUGGGAAUCCUUCCUCGCAUGCGAACACCAGCGCGAGAUGACUGUGGCAUUCGACACGUUGGCUCCGGGAGCAAAAGAGGCUCUUGAGCGAUCGCUUCAAUCGAGUCCAACACCCCAAUGGUGCUCACUAGAUAGCCUUGGACGAGGCAAGUGAUGGCGAGCUGCCGCCCUUUGUCGCCGUACAACGAACGCUGGUCUGCUGCAGUGAUCGCGGAUAUAAUUAGUCCUUUCUCGCUUGGCUAAAUAUACGUAGUCGUCUUUCUUUCUUCCGACCAAAUUCUCGAGUGACGACGACGACGCGGGAUGGAGACGAAGCUCACGCAGUCCUUCUGGCGCAAGAAGCGUAUCAUCACGCAGGAAGUUCUCCAGGCCAUUGGAAAAACGACGCCGACCGACGACAGUGUGUACCAGCAGGAGCUGCUCAAGUUUCAAGACUUGGUGACGCACGUCCGCGCGACGCUGCGGGAGCUCGAACGGUAUCGCUGCAGCCUCCAGCUCUUCUGCAGCGCGACGACAGCACUCGCCAACGAGGUCGUGUGCCUUGCAACGCCGAGCCACCUGGGGCAAGUGCCACCGACGCACCCCGAGGCGUUGGCCACGGCGCUGCGCCAGGUCGCGCCGUCACGGAUGAUGAAGACGCAGUACUACUCUGUGGACGACACGAUCACGGGCGCCAUUCGGUCGCUUGGCAUCAAGCUUGCCGAGCUCGAGGCGCAGACCAAAGACAUCAAGGCCCGCGCACAAGCCAAGCUCGAGUGCGAUAGCUACGCACGCGGCGCCAAGCCGUCGGCGAUGCACACCGCAGCGCACGCGCGCCUCGACUCAUGCACCCGCACCGUGUUUCGCGUGUUUGCCAAGUACGAGGCGCUGCGCAACACCUUUUUGUCCAACGAGCUGGAAAUGGUGCGGCAAGCGCUAAGCUCCUUCUUCCUCAAUGGCGCCGAUGCGAUCGCGGCGCCGCUUCUUUUGCAGCCCGAUUCCGUUGCUGCCGAAGAAGACAAGAUCUUCUCAGACUUGAUGACCAAGGGCAGCGUUGUGGCGGAGGCGCCUCAAGAAGUUGCAAGCGAGGUCGAGCCUGUGGUCCACCACGUAGACUGCAACCCGCGAAAGCCGAGCUUGCCCUCGCUGCCAGAAUGCCACGCGGUCGUGGCCAAGUACGCGCGCCGCCGCCUGUCGCGAAGUGCCUCGGCACGCCCGCUCGCACAGCAUGCGCCGCCCUCCGUGCUUUUGGCUACUCUAUCCCUCGACGACGGUGACGACGGCAACCCAAGUCUCGCCGCGGGCUGGCAGCGCUGCGACAACCAGGACGACGACAUUGGCGAGGAGAUCAUGACGACAGUACCUCUCCAAGACGCAGAGGGUGUGGCUGCGCCACCUUCUGGCGAUGCACCUUCGGCUCGACGGGUAUCUUUGUCGUUUGUCCCGUUUGCAGCCAAGCUGGUCCGGGACCCAAAUUCGAACCAACGGCCAAACUAGCCAAAAGCUUCUGUCGACAACAAGAGAAUCGAAGCAUUUGUAUAUGACUACGCAA